CCCCAGGGAAAGCGAAAAUUAUAGAUUGAGCCCUGAAUGGAUAAUAGCUGAAACCUCGUGCAGGGGUGCCUUGGUCGCCUACAACACCCUCAUGAGCAGGCACCACAAUACAAGUGCAUGCUCAGGCAUUCCUCUGGACGCCGAAUGUCGGUACAUCAAGAGGAGAAGUACCAGAGUAUGGGAGUGGACAUGCACUGUCAGGGUCCGGAACCAUUUUUUGGUGGCGUUUAUCUGUUGUGAUCCAACCCGCAUUGAGCAUUUGGACUACUGCCUCAAGACCAUGGACCCACCCUUGACGUUGAGAUCAAUACGUUACGACAGGAGCAAAAGUUUAAAUAUCCCACUAUCCAGCUCCGAGGGUGGAACACCGUCAAAACCAACCUUCAUCCCCGAGGAGGAUGAUGAUGAUUUUUAAUACACGUAUAGCCAGAUAUUCAUCCUUGUUAGAAGCCCGCCUUUUGAUGAGCUUAGAAUAUAUGUACAUAUAAAUUAGAAGUAUCGUGUGACCAUAUCGAGUAUGGGUGUAGCUGUCCAUGGGAAAAAGGGGCCUAGUAAAUGAAAAUUUAACAAUAAGUUAUUUUUCCCCCAAGUAAAGAGGGGGGUUUUACAAACAUUUUGGGACAAACGUGUCAAACCAAACCGGAGUUAUAAUAGUUUAAAAGUGGUUAAAAAAACGCAGUAUCGACAAAGAGUUAUUUAGGAUGCCGACCUGCUGCAGUCAAGUUUCAAGGUCCGAUUUUUUCGGGUCGUAAUGAAUUUUAAUGGAAUUUGUAGGCACGAAAAUGAACCACACCGCUUGCUGCUCAUUUAUUGGGACCCUAAAGAGGGAUAAAUACGUGUUCGUCAAAAUUUCAAAUACCGAGUUUUCCCAAUGAGAAUUUCAGCGUGGGAAAUAUUCAUUAGAUGUUUUAAUAAAUCCAGAUGAAACUUUUAUGAGCUCCAUGUUGUUUGCAAAUGAGUGUUUUCUACAUUGAAUAACAACAGAGAAGUUGGAAUUUUCCAUUCCCUCGAUGAA